GAUCCUGCUGCAUGGGCUCUUCCAGGAAUGAAACAACUGGCUUUGGGGCUCCUCAGGCAGCUCUGGAGCCCCAGGGCUGGAGCAAGAACACAUCCCCCAGCCGUGCCCUGGUGGGGUGCUCCCUGCACCACCCACAGCCAAGAGGUGAUCUGAGAAUUGCUGCUCACACCAGACCAACUGCUGACUGUCCGCAGGGCAGGAGCUGCCCAGAACCCCUGCCCGGCCAGAGGGACUUGCUGGACCUUGUGUCACUACUCUAGAGCGCCGUGCCGGGGUCACCGACUCACUCCGGCGGAUGAUGAGAUGUACCAGCGGACGCGGGUGAUGGUGCUGGAGCCGGAGUCCCCCAACAUCAUGUUCAUCGAGGGCUACAGCACCCGCGGCUUCACCAUCAGCGGAGACCUGGUGGUGGGGCCCUGCGCCGUCCUGCCCCGCAGCAUCCUCCAAUGGAACGUUGGCUCCCACCGGGACAUCUCGCACGAGAGUCUCUCGCUGUUCCGGCUGCUGGAGCCCCAGAUAGAGAUCCUGGUGCUGGGCACAGGGGACAGGGUGGAGCGGCUCCACCCCGCCAUGCUGAAGCAGAUGCGGGAGUGCGGGAUUGCUGUGGAGGUGCAGGACACGGCGAAUGCAUGUGCAACCUUCAACUUCCUAAUGAAUGAAAGGCGCAUGGUGGCUGCUGGGCUCAUCCCCCCGCGGGGCACCUACGGGGUGUAGGCACUGCCUGCCAUGCCCAUGGGCUGAGUGGUUCUUCCCCGGCCUGCCUGAAGCCCCCGACAGUCACUGCCCCCAACUGAGAAACGCUCCGUAGUGAACUGAUGCCUCUGCACACAGGAGGGCUGUGAAAUACACGGGCUUAGCUCUUC